GUACCGUUCCCUCACUCCUCCAUUUCUCAUCUCUGAUCCAAAUACUGUAACAGAUUGAAAUGGCUUCACAAACUGAAGUUGAGCAUCCCAGAAAGGCAUUCGGAUGGGCAGCGAGGGACCCUUCUGGUUUUUUCUCACCUUUCAAUUUCUCCAGAAGAGAAACCGGUGAAAAAGACGUUGCAUUCAAAGUGCUGUAUUGUGGGAUAUGUCACUCUGAUCUCCACAUGGCAAAGAACGAAUGGGGCACUUCCACCUAUCCACUAGUCCCAGGGCAUGAGUUGGCUGGGGUAGUGACAGAGGUGGGAAACAAAGUAGAAAAGUUCAAAGUUGGGGACAGGGUGGGUGUGGGAUGCUUGGUUGAUUCCUGCGGCACCUGCGAGAAUUGUUGUGAGAAUCUUGAGAAUUAUUGUCCACAAUAUACUCUCACAUAUGGUGCCAAAUAUAGAGAUGGAAGCAUCACAUAUGGAGGCUACUCUGAUUGGAUGGUUGCAGAUGAACACUUUGUGGUUCGAAUUCCUGAUGGCUUACCACUUGAUGCUGCUGCACCUCUCCUCUGUGCUGGCAUCACAGUUUAUAGCCCUCUCAGAUAUUUUGCCCUAGACAAACCUGGUCUGCAUGUGGGUGUGGUUGGUCUCGGUGGACUGGGCCAUAUGGCUGUAAAAUUCGCCAAAGCUUUUGGAGCCAAGGUCACGGUAAUAAGCACAUCACCUUACAAAAAGGAGGAAGCAAUUCAACAUCUUGGAGCUGACUCUUUUCUGAUAAGCCGUGACCAAGAUCAGAUGGAGGCUGCAAAGGGUACUUUGGAUGGUAUUAUCGACACAGUUUCGGCCGUUCAUCUUCUGCUACCUCUGAUUGGUUUGCUGAAGUCUCAUGGAAAGCUUGUAAUGCUGGGUGCACCGGAGAAGCCUCUGGAGCUGCCAAUCUUUCCUUUACUUUCUGGGAGAAAGAUAGUAGGUGGAAGUUUGAUCGGAGGAAUAAAGGAGACCCAAGAGAUGAUGGACUUUGCAGCGAAACACAACGUAAAACCUGACAUUGAAGUCAUUCCUAUUGAUUAUGUGAACACUGCAAUGGAGCGUCUCCUCAAAGCAGAUGUGAAAUACAGAUUUGUGAUUGACAUAGGAAACACUCUAAAACCAAGCCCUUGAAGCUUUUGCCAUUUAGAUUUCUGUGAAAAUGUGAUAGAUAGCAGUUGGCUUUACCAUUUCUGGAGAAGUUAAUUUCCUGUUUGUGUUUUGUACUGUUCUUUCAGCAAUUGCAACUUCAUACGAAUACCAGCGUUGUUUUUAUUUUC